UUUGGUGGUGGCUUUUUUCUUACUAGGUAUAUUCCUCCUGAUAAAAGAGAGGAGAAUGACCAGUCCACCCAUAAAUGGAUGGUAUAUGUACGUGGGUCCCGAAGAGAGCCCAGCAUCAAUCAUUUUGUUAAGAAAGUCUGGUUCUUCCUUCAUCCCAGCUAUAAACCUAAUGAUCUUGUUGAAGUCAGAGAGCCUCCUUUCCACCUUACAAGGCGGGGCUGGGGUGAGUUUCCUGUGAGGGUUCAGAUCCACUUCAAGGACAUCCGGAACAAAAGGAUUGAUAUCAUACACCAUCUAAAGUUGGAUAGGACCUAUACUGGUCUACAAACACUGGGAGCUGAAACGGUAGUGGAUGUUGAGUUGCAUCGGCAUUCCCUUCGAGAAGAGUAUCGGUUCUCCCAGUCUUCAGAUUCUGAUCUUUCUGAUGCCCCUACCUUGCUACACUUGCCACUAAAUAUGCCAGCUCCAGUUAAGGCAUCUUCACCCAUAAAACAAAUGCAUGAAUCCGUUGCAGCGACUUCGGUUGAAAAAGGGUUUAGUGCUGAAGCUGAAAGACGUACGACUUUUUACUCCUUGCCGUCAUCCUUAGAACGGACUCCCACAAAACUGGCAACCCAGAAAGUUACUUUUGGUUCCCAUGGCAACUCAGCUUUUCAGCCAAUUGCAGCUAGUUGCAAAAUAGUGCCUCAAGGCCAAAUUCCAAGCCCUGCGGAAUCACCUGGCAAGUCUUUCCAGCCAAUCACGAUGAGCUGCAAGAUUGUAUCAGGUUCUCCAAUAUCAACUCCAAGUCCUUCUCCUCUACCUCGUACUCCAACCUCUACUCCAGUGCAUAUGAAGCAAGGGACUGCCACCCCUGUGGUUAACAAUCCUUAUGUUAUUGUGGAUAAGCCUGGUCAACCAAUUGGAGCAGUGGCCACCAGCACAAGUAGCCCUGCAAGUAAAGCUACCAGUGUGUCUCAAGCCUCUCAUGGAACUGGGUCUCCGAUCUCAAAGAACCAUGGCAGCAGUUCUGCAACCUCCACUGUCAAGCAAGAGGAUUCACUCUUUGCAACCAUGCCACCUCUUUGUCCAAUUGGGAGUCACUCCAAGGUACAAAGCCCUAAAUCUGUGACUGGAGGACUGGGAACAUUUACAAAGGUGAUAAUAAAGCAAGAGCCUGGAGAACUGCCCCAGCAAUCUCCAGCACCACCGGCUGGGACUGCUUCUCAGAUAUCCGUGCCACAGUAUGUCACUGUAAAAGGAAGUCACAUGAUUGCUUUGUCACCUCAGAAACAGAUUGUGAGCACAGGAGAGGGCUCCACACCAUCCAAGGUUGUUGGUGUUCCAGUCGGGUCUGCUGUACCUGCAACUGUCAAGCAAGCUGUGGCUAUUGGCGGUGGGCAGAUACUAGUGGCAAAGUCCAACCCAACAGCAGCAAAGACAGUUGGCACAAAACAAGUUGUAACGCAAGGAGUAGCCAAAGCGAUCGUGAGCGGCGGUGGGGGAACUAUUCUUGCCCAGCCUGUGCAGACUUUAACAAAGGCUCAGGUUCCAUCAACAGGAGUUCCCAAAAGCGGAACCCAAGGAUCAGUGAUGGCAACACUGCAGUUACCAGCCACUAACUUGGCAAACUUGGCAAAUCUACCACCUGGCACAAAACUCUAUCUUACCACAAACAGCAAGAACCCUUCUGGGAAAGGAAAACUGCUGCUUAUACCACAAGGAGCCAUUCUGCGAGCUACAAAUAAUGCCAAUCUCCAGUCAGGGUCUUCCACAAGUGGAGGUGGAGGAACUCAAAGCACAAGCACCGGCUUAUCUCAGCAUCUCACCUACACAUCUUACAUCCUUAAACAAACGCCUCAGGGCACAUUUUUAGUUGGCCAGCCGUCUCAGCCGAGCUCUGCAAAGCAAGUGGCAACGGGGACAGUAGUUCUUAGUAAUACGGGUGCUGGAACAUCGUCUGCGCAAGGACAUCAGGCAUUGAAAGUAAUAACUGGACACAAAACUGCUACUUUAUUUGCACAGGCGGCUUCUGGUGGACAAACAUCACUGAUGAAAAUAUCAGACAAUACACUGAAAUCCGUUCCGACGUCAUCACAACUCUCAAAGCCAGGUACUACUGUGCUGAGAGUGUCUGGUGGUGUGAUUACCACAGCAGCAACUUCAGCCGUCACACUUCCAUCAAAUGGAGUUACACAGCAAGGAGACAAUGCAAGCUCCAGCUCAUCUCCAGCUGCAAACUCUGCAGUGAAGUCCGCUGGGCAGCAGCAACAGCAAGUUUCUCUCAACCCAGCACAGGCAGCCUCUGCUCCACCAAAUAAAACAAGUGCAACUGCAGUUGUUAGCAUUGCUUCUUGGGUGACAACCCCAGCUCCUGCAUCUGGGAAAACUGCAGUAUCAGGGUUGUUAAAAAUCCACUCCAGUCAGAAUAGCCCACAGCAAGCUGUUCUGACAGUGCCAAGCCAGCUCAAGCAGUUGGGUGCAAGCACUGCUUCUGGAGGAGUUCAGACUAUACUGAUGCCUGUGAACAAAGUGAUACAGUCGCUUUCUUCUAGCAAAGGGUCUUCUGUCACACCUGUAACUUCCACUACUUCAGUAGCGACCAGCACUGAUUUGCUGCCAGUUGCUAAAGUUAAGCUGGAGCCUGAUUCUGCAGGACAGAGCUGCGGUGCUGUGGUCUCCCAAGAUAAUCAGGUGUCAGUAAAAGCUGAGGAGAGUUCUGAACUUGGAAAUUACAUCAUCAGGACAGAAUAUUUAGACAACCUCCAGCAACUCUUAACAGCAAUAGUAAAGAAAGUUCCAUUAAUUCAUGAGAAAACUGAGGAUGCUAAUGUUUUCUGUGCCAGUUCAGUGGAACAAUAUUAUAGCUGGAAUAUUGGGAAACGGAGAGCUGCUGAGUGGCAACGAGCAUUGACAGUAAGGAAAAUCCUCCAAGAAAUCAUAGAGAAGCACCCAAAAUUUCAUAGUAAUAGCCCCCUGAAAACUAAACAGGUUGUACAUUGGUGUCGAUCCCGUGGCUAUUCACCCCCUGAUCCAGAAACCCUGAGGAGUGAAGACUCCAUAGAGGAUGUGUUGACACAAAUAGAUAGUGAACCAGAAUGCUCAUCUUCUUAUUCCACGGGCGAAGAACUGUGUCGAAAGCUUGAAGAGCUGGAGCGUUUCCUCAAGCAGGAGCCAGAAAAUGAUGAGGAAGUGGACAUUCUCAACAUUGCUGAGCCUGCAAAAAUAAACAUUAAAAAGGAGCAGGAGGAGAAGCAAGAGGAGACAAAAUUCUACCUACCCCCUCAGCCUGCAUCAGAGUUUGUGAGCGAGACAGUGCAACAGAUUGGGAUUGCUUGUCAGCCCAUAGAGCUGCACAAGAACAUUUAUGCUUCAGUAAUAGAAGAUAUGAUUUUAAAGGCCACAGAACAACUGGCAAGUGAUAUAUUAAGAGAAGCAAUGUCUGUUGGCUAUCAAAGAGCUCCUCACAGCAGGACACCAAGAGAGAUAACUGUGAUGAAUAUCCACCAAGCCAUCUGUAACAUUCCUUUUCUGGACUUCCUCACAAACAAGCAUAUGGGAAUACUGAGUGAAGAACAGUGAUCUGGGCUGAAAAGUGACAGAAACUCUAGAAUGAGGAACUUCGCCCAAUUUUUGCAUCUGAAUAUAUUCUUUAGUUCUGUGGAGCUGAGUUACCUUGCAGUAGCAAGAUACUUGACUACUACAAAGUAAUGGUCUAAGGGGGGGGAAGAGUUUUUUUAAGGAAACAAAAAGUAACUUUUUUUAAAGUUACAAAUUCUGCUUUCAGAUUUCUAGUAUGUUUCUAGUAUGGAAAUUAUAUUCACUACAUAGGGCCCCUAUGAGUAUAUUCUAGAGAUGCCUUUGGGAGGUUAACAGCCCCAGUAUGAAGAUGAAAAACAUAGUCAUAGGUAGUGAAUGACUUACAGUGCAGGUAACCCCUUAGAAGUUACUGGAUUUAGAAGGGUAAAACUCUUGUUAGGAUGGCACGGUUGGACAAGUGUACUUUAAAGCUGUGAACCGUGAUCCAAUUGUGGUGCAAGAUGGCAAGCUCUGAGAACAGAUCUUCAUUGAUGGGAGCAAGAGCACUAACUUGUCUCAGAGUUAGAGUCAUCUGGAAGAUUGUCCAAGGAAAUCAGUAAUCUGAAAUCUGUUGUUAUAAGGAAGUUUAAUGUACACAAUACUUGGGGAGGGGGGUGAAACUAGAAUCACUAAACAAGCAAAUAUUUGCACACAAUGUGGCUAGCAGUCAAUAGCUAUCCCUGUAAAGAUUAGGGAAGCAAUUGUAAAAGUGCUGAUUAGUUCUUAGAAACACAUCAUUGUCUGUAUAUGAUACUUACUUGAAGAUAUACUGGGGCAUUACUGAGAUACAGCUCCUUUAAUUUAUAUAUUGUAGAUUUAAUCAACUUACAAAUUAUACAGUCUAUGGACUGCUAACCACGUCGUGUGACAAUAUUUGCUUGUUUGCUUAUAAGGAACUAGUCCCACAGCCUAAUGUCACUUCAUUGGCCAAUAAAUCCUGUCAUUCUUGCUGUAAAUGAUGAUAUUUUUUGCUUUUUGUCCUAUGGGCUACCAUUGGCUGAGAUCCUUUGCUUGGCCCACAAAUAAAGCUUUAAUAGUUGGAGAGUUGCCCGUUGUUUUUGCUGACUGUGAGCAAACUUUAUGCUGCUUGCUGACUGAAACUACUGAAGAGGGAAGAGCCCCUUCAUUUGCACUCCUGAUCAUAGGAAUGAUGUAACCCACAUUAAAGUAAGCAGUUGGAACAGAAUGAAAUGGAGGGGAAUGUGCUUCCUUCAGGCCCUUUGCUAGCUUUGUAUUUGUGAUGGUUAGCAUCUUUAGGAAUUAGGAACUUUAACACUGGCUACUUAGCGUUUAGUUAGCCCCAUCAUAUAAUUUUAAGUUCCAAUCUAUUAUUUGAUUUUUCCUGUAAGAAAGUUAUUUUAUCAUAUAUUAAUAUUCGUUUCAAUAUUGAACUUCAGUCUAACAAUAUAGAUUGCUUUUUUGAAAGAUGGCUCUUGACUAUUAUGGGAAUGAAAGUGCUAUUUCUCAUUGGAUGUAAAAAUAUCUGUCAAAAUUUAGCAUGGAUUCGACUUAUUUUUCCAUUUAAGUUUUUCCCCCCUUUUCACUGAAAAACAGAAACAUUGUCUAUCAGAAACUCUAACAAUACUUACUUUUGGCAAAUGUUAACCUAAAUUAAAGCAACUUUGACGUACACAAAUUGCUUUUGCUGAAUCCAAACAAUACUCUUCUAGCCGGUUGAAGACUUUACAAAAGGUUGUCUCAGUUGGUCCAUUCCUUAACUCUUCUGUGUUGCCUGUACUAUAAUGUAUACUUGUGUAAAAUACAUUUUUCAAUAAAUUUUCUUUGUUAAA